AAUAAAAUUAUUUUGGAACAUGUAAGUCUAAAGUAAGAUUAUUAAAAUAAAUGUGCCAUAUGAUAUUAAUCUAGCAAGCUAAUACUUAAAGAGUAAGAUUCAAAAAAUAGUUAAGUGCAGUUAAUUUAAUUAGAUAUAAAAUAAUAAAUAUAAAUUGCACAGUGAAUAUAAUAAAGUCUGGUGUGAUUAUAUCUUAAAAAAAGUUACCAUAUAAUUAACCACUAUAGUGUUUUUUAUAUAUAAUAAUUUACUAAAAAUGUAAAUAAAUUCAAGUUGACAUAAACCAGUGAUAAUAAAUAUUAAUUUUUAAAACAUUUAAGAUUCUGUUAAAAAUCAGUCACCAUGUGUGAAAAAAGUGUUUGGUGUUUGUUUAUUUUAUUAACAAUCUUGUUAACAAAUGCAAAUUGGGCAGAUGGUGUCGAUGCGCCCUGUGAAUUGUACGAGAGCUCAAAUAUUGAAAAUGGCCAAAAAGGAAAAGAUGGUGCCAUUAUCCUGGACGGAAUUGUUUAUCCAAAGAAAUAUCAGUUCAUGUACAUGCCACCCAUGGUUCCAUUUCCAGAAGGAUUUGACAACGAGACUAUGCCCAUGAUUGAAGGCAUUGAUCUUCUUCUUAAUACAACGGCGGCGCUGAUUCCAGAUUAUCCUCAUCUCCGAGGUUGCACGUGCAAGUUACGCAAAUGCCUAAGAAAAUGUUGUCCAGUUGGUACUGGAUUAGUUGGUAAAAAUUGUGAGGUUGCCAAUGACUUACCAGAAUUUGCGCCCGAUAUAUAUUAUCACAGAAAUGCUGAUCUAAGACACCAUAAAUGGGAUAGAAGAUGGUUUGCUGUUGUUUCAGGAAAUACUUGCAAUAAUGGAUCGAGAUUCAUGCUUGAACCAGAUCAACAUAUGAGUGACAUCAACUAUUUGUACCUUAAUGGUUCUCUAUAUGUUCCAAAUUACGUGGAUCCUCUGAAAUUUUUCGACCAUAAAUCUUACUGUGUCGAUUACAUGCAGUUUUCAAAUGAAACUAGUUGGACUUGGGGAACAUUGAUGUGCGUCAACAUUGAUAUGCAGUUGGAAACUGAUGUGAUUUUCCAAAUAUUUCCAGUCGGUUUGAUUAUAAGUAUAAUAUUUCUCAUCCUGACAUUUUUGGUCUAUCUGAUAUUGCCUGAAUUGCAUACAAUCCAUGGAAAAGCUCUGAUGCACUAUGUCGGUGCAUUGGCGACUGCAUAUUCCUUCCUGGCGGUCAUUCAGAUCAGCACCAGGAGCAUGGGCGAUGCAGAAUGCAUAUCUUAUGGCAUGAUCUGCUAUGUUGCCUUCAUUUUGAGCUACUUCUGGUUGAACAUCAUGAGUUUUGAUAUUUGGUGGGCAUUUAGAAGGGCUAUUUUCAUAUAG